GAUGCAGGUGCGCGGGAGGCGGCGGGAGGUGGAGGUGGGGGUGGUGCCAGCAGCCAACGGGUUAAUGGUCCCGGCAGGGGCUCCACAGCGGACCAGGGGUCAGAUGUCUCUCUAAGAUGGGGACAGGCACGUGGGCUGCUAUUCUAGGGCUCUGAUCACGGCUGUCUAUUUAUAGCGCUGGGGGGGGCCGCCUCACAUAGGCAGCAGAGAGGCUGCCCUGCUGCAAUGUCACCGUCGUCACUGCCUCUGCAGGCUGCGGGCGCCUGCCACUACUGCAGGGAACUGAGGGGUCUUGGUCCAGCAGGGAUCCCAGGGCCUUGGAGCACUGUGUGAGCCGGAAACGUGGCUGGCCAGAUGGGCAGCGCCAUGGAGCCCCCUGGGAGUGCAUACCUGCACCUGGGCGCCGUGACGUCCCCUGUGGGCACAGCCCGUGUGCUGCAGCUGGCCUUUGGCUGCACCACCUUCAGCCUGGUGGCCCACCGGGGCGGCUUCACGGGCGUCCAGGGCACUUUCUGCAUGGCUGCCUGGGGCUUCUGCUUUGCUGUCUCCGCACUGGUGGUGGCCUGUGAGUUCACACGGCUCCAUGGCUGCCUGCGGCUCUCCUGGGGCAACUUCACCGCCGCCUUCGCCAUGCUGGCCACCCUGCUGUGCGCCACGGCUGCGGUCCUGUACCCGCUGUACUUCGCCCGGCGGGAGUGUCCCCCCGAGCCUGCCGGCUGUGCUGCCAGGGACUUCCGCCUGGCAGCCAGCGUCUUCGCCGGGCUCCUCUUUCUGGCCUACGCCGUGGAGGUGGCCCUGACGCGGGCCCGGCCGGGCCAGGUGACCAGCUACAUGGCCACAGUGUCAGGGCUCCUCAAGAUCGUCCAGGCCUUUGUGGCCUGCAUCAUCUUUGGGGCGCUGGUCCACGACAGCCGCUACGGGCGCUAUGUGGCCACCCAGUGGUGCGUGGCCGUCUAUAGCCUGUGCUUCCUUGCCACAGUGGCCGUGGUGGCCCUGAGUGUGAUGGGCCACACGGGGGGCCUGGGCUGCCCCUUUGACCGGCUGGUGGUGGUGUACACGUUCCUGGCUGUGCUCCUGUACCUCAGCGCCGCCGUGAUCUGGCCAGUCUUCUGUUUCGAUCCCAAGUAUGGCGAGCCCAAACGGCCCCCUGACUGCGCUCGAGGCAGCUGUCCCUGGGACAGCCAGCUGGUGGUGGCCAUCUUCACCUACGUCAACCUGCUCCUGUACGUCGCUGACCUCGCCUACUCCCAGAGGAUUCGCUUCGUGCCCAGCUUGUAGCCCACAGCGACAGCCCGCCCACCUCUGCUCUCUGGCCAGCAGCUCCAGGCCCUGCAAGGGAAACUCAGCUGGGGACGCUGAGGCUAGAAGGAUUUGUGAGGCACCCAGUACCUCCAUUAGUGUCUGGAGACCACACUCAGGCUGGGUAAGGCAAGCUGAAAAAUGAAUGACUUCCAGAGGAAAUGCACCCAGGAGAGCAGCUGGGCCAAUCGAGGGGAGGGAGGGGCGUGGGGAGCCGGAACCACUCCUGGCUCAGAGAGGCAGCUCCCAGAACCCUGGGAACAGGGGCCUGCCUGGGGAGCUGUGCCGGCUCACAGAGGAGCCAGAAAUCUGGAGCAGCCUCUCCCACCCAUGUCUGGGAAGCCUCUGGGCUAGUAGCCACAGCCUUUGGAAGCAGGCUGCCUCCGGGGUGUCUGCAGGCUGGAAGUGGUGCAGGUGGCCUGGAAGAGCCUACAGAGCCCAGCGGCGCCAAGUGCACAGUGGACGGGGAGGACCUGGUUCUGCCAUAGCCACAGAGCCCCACCUGGACACCCACCAUCGGCUGUGACAAAGCAGCUUCAGCAGUGGCCGGGUGGGCAUCUGUGCACUGUGGGCCUCUGUGGCACUGGGAGGGAGCCCAGCUGAGGACAGCCGCUGGACACAGAGUCUGGGCACUGUUUGCCUCUGCUCAAGGGUCUAGUUGCCCAAACACUCCUGACGCCGAGGCCAUCAUCCUCCACGCUCCAGCCAGCUUCUCCUGCACAGAAGCCCAGCCUGGACCAGCCAGGAGCUGACCCACUGGCCGCCCCUCAGUCCAAGCCGGGUGGGCAGUGGCACAACAGCUCCUCAGGCCAUUGACUGGGUCCCACUGACGUCCUUGAGCAGGAAAUAAACGCUGACAUUUA